AUGGAUAGUACUGCUUAUAAAAAAAUAAGAAUGGAUAACACCAUAUAUAAAACCAAUCCAAAAUAUCCGGAUCCAUGUCCAGAUCCGCUUGGAGUUUCGCUUCACUUCUCUAGGGUUUCUCAAACGCAUUAUAGAAUCUCUCCACUCUCAGAUUUCCUCUAUAGAUUAAAGAAGCAUCGGAGAACUAAAUCCGUUGCCGGAAACCGAACGCCGUUGCCGGAAACAAAAAACCUGAACCGAAAAAAAUGUCAAGCAAGAAGAAACAGAAACGAAAACACAGCGACAGCGAUGAAGACGACGACGUUUUCUACUACCGCUAUUGCGCUUCAUUACUCCCUAACAAACUCCGAUCUCCAUACGCUCUUCUCUACUUUCGGCCGCAUCGCGUGUGUAACCGUUCUCAAAGACCGUCACACGCGCCUACGCCGCGGUGUCGCGUUUGUCCAAUUUGUUUCUCGUAAUGACGCCCAACGCGCCGUGGCGGAGAUGAAUAAGAAGAUUCUCAAUGGAAGGACUCUAACUGCUUCUAUUGCUGCUGAUAAUGGACGUGCUCCGGAGUUUAUUCGGAAGUGCAUGUACAAUACUGAGACUGCUUUGUGUUAUGAGUGUGGGGGGCAUGGUCAUUUGUCGUAUGAGUGUCCUAAGAAUCAGUUGGGGCCGAGGCCGCGGCUUCAGCCUAAGAAGCCGCGACGGGGAUUUAGUGGGCUGAGGGAUAGGGAUGGGGAGGAGGAAGGUGAUGAGGAGGAGGAGGAGGGUGGUCAGAUUGCUGCGGAGCAGUUUGACGAUAAUUGGGCUUCUGUUGUGGAUGACGAAGCGGGUGAAAGGUUGCUGGGGAGAAACAGAAAUGAUGAUGAGGGUUUGGACAACAACAAGACGAAGAAGAAAGGGAAGAAAGCUGGGUAUUUCAGGGAUGAGAGUGAUCAUGACGAUGAUGAUUGA